GACAAAUUCACGUGAGAGGCUACCCAGGGUCGACCAGACAGAUUCCUUGAUUUGCCUCGCAUUAAGUGGCUGGGUACCCUCAGUAGUGCAAGUGGGGGGGGAACAUUUGGCGUUUCGGCUUGCGCUGUCCUAUCCGUAUGGCUUUGGGGGCGACCUUGUUGCGAUGGGCGUUUCGCGGUCGUGCGUUUUGCUUUUUUCCACCAUCGAGCCACCGGAUGCCGGUGACGUUAGGUUCGUUUUCAUCUGGCUUUUACAGGGGAGUUCGUGGGAAGUGCAUUUGGGGCCUCAUUAACAGCGAAAUACCAAAUCUAUUGUUCAAUAUGCAUCCCUGCGUUGUUUGUUUUGAAUCCAUUUGCCAAAAACGGAGCAGUCCACCCAUGUGCCAGGGACAUAGUGUGUUGUGACUCGAAUUUGUUGUGCCAAUUCUACUCGCAUCGGCGAUACUGUCGCGUGCUCGGCCAAUGACUUCUAAUUAG